AUGUAUCUAGCAUGGAAGGCCAACCCCAAAGAUGUCCACGUCUCCUGGCAGACUUACUUCCGCAACAUGGAGGACCCCACGGUGCCGUCCACACAAGCGUUCAGACCCCCGCCAGGCUUGAUGUCAAGUCGGUACACGGAAGACGCGCCGGUCAUCAGCGUAGCAGAAACAAGCGAUGCGGUGAACUACCUCAAAGCCCAAAACAUCGUACGCGCGUUCCAGGAAUACGGCCACACCAAAGCAAAGAUCAACCCCCUGGAAGACGUCGGCAACUCCACAAUCCACCCUCACCCCGACCUCCCCAGCUCCUCGAACCUCAGCAAGUACGGCUUCACCACAGCAGACCUCGACCGCGAGAUCCCUCUCGGACCAGACCUCUUCCCCCACCUCGCCAGCACCGCCAAAACCAUGCCUCUCCGCGACAUCAUCGCCACCUGCGAGAAGCUCUACUGUGGCUCCUUUGGCGUUGAGUACCAUCACAUCUCUGACCCCGCUAAACGCGACUGGAUCCGCCAACGAGUCGAGACAUACCACGCCUCCACUCCCUCCCCUGCCGAGAAGCAGCGCAUCCUCGACACCCUCAUCUGGGCGACCUCCCUCGAGCGCUUCCUCGCGACCAAGUUUCCCAACGAGAAGCGUUUCGGCCUCGACGGCGCGGAGGGUCUUGCCCCGGGCCUCGCGGCGCUGAUAGACCGCUGCGCCGACGUCCACGGCGUGCGGGACAUCGUCAUCGGGAGCUGCCACCGUGGGCGGAUGAACGUGAUGAGCACUGUCUACGGCAAGGACUUUGAGACACUGUUCAGGCAAUUUGCGGGGACGGAGAAGUUUGAUACAGAGGGCGGGCAGACCGGUGAUGUGAAGUAUCAUUUCGGCAUGGAGGGCGAGAGGACGACGGCGGGUGGGGGUGUGGUCGGGGUAGAGAUGCUGCCUAACCCGUCGCAUCUCGAGGCCGUUGAUCCCGUUGCGCAGGGCAAGGCGAAGGCCGUGCAGGAGAUCAAGGGGGACGUGAAUCAGUCCCAGCUCAUGUUCAUGGCACUACACGGGGACGCGGCGUUCUCCGGGCAGGGACCGGUGUACGAGACGCUGAAUCUCUCUGGUUUAAAGGGGUACGAGGUCGGCGGGACGGUGCGGCUCAUGGUGAACAACCAGAUCGGCUUCACCACAGAUUCUCCCGACUCCCGAUCGACGCCGUACUGCUCCGACCUGGCCAAGUACAUCGAGGCGCCGAUCUUCCACGUCAACGCCGAUGACCCGGAGGCGGUCGUGUUCCUGUGCAAGCUUGCCGCCGACUGGCGGGCCGAGUUCCGGUCCGACAUCGUCAUCGACGUCAACGGCUACCGGCGCUUCGGGCACAACGAGAUCGACCAGGCGAGCUUCACGCAGCCGGAAAUAUACAAGAGGAUUGCAGAGCAGCCGGCGGUGCUGGAAAAGUACAUUGAGAAGCUGGUUGGCGAGGGGACAAUGCAGGCGGAGGUGGUGGAGGAGCAGAAGAGGUGGGUUUGGGAGCAGUUGGAGGAGAAGCUGGCGAGGAGCAAGCUGCCUGUUGAAGAUCUAAAGACGGGAGAUAAACUCACCUCUGAGCUUUCGUCAACAUCGACGGCAGUGAGCGAGGCAGCUUUGUCAACCAUCGCCGAGGCAAUCACCAGCGUGCCAGAAGGCUUCAACCUCCACCGCAACCUCCAACGCAUCCUCGCCGCCAAAAAGCAAGCCUUCGACGCCGGAACCGUCGACUGGUCCACCGCAGAAGCCCUGGCCUUCGGCUCCCUCGUCCUGGAAGGCAAGCCAGUGCGCAUCAGCGGCCAAGACGUCGAGCGCGGGACCUUCUCCCAGCGCCACUCGGUCCUGCACGACCAAACCACGCACGCCAAGUACACGCCGCUCAACCAUCUCCAAGACCCCCAGCCCGCGCGGUACACCGCCGUCAACUCGCCGCUGAGCGAGUUCGGCGUGCUCGGCUUCGACUACGGGUAUUCCCUCGCGGCGCGGGAUUCGCUGGUCAUGUGGGAGGCGCAGUUUGGCGACUUUGCGAAUAAUGCGCAGGUUGUGAUUGACCAGUUCAUCGCUUCGGGCGAGGCGAAGUGGUUGUUGAAGAGCGGGCUUGUGAUGUCGUUGCCGCAUGGGUAUGAUGGGCAGGGACCGGAACAUUCGUCGGCGAGGCUGGGCAGGUUUCUGGAGCUGGGGAGUGAGGAUCCUAGGGCGUGGCCUGAGGAUCUGGAGAGGGCGAGGAGGGAGUGUAAUGAGAGGAUUGUGUACAUGACGACGCCGGCGAAUCUGUUUCAUGCGUUGAGACGGCAGGUUUACUCGCCUCACAAGAAGCCACGCUCGUCUGUACACGACCUUACUGGUACAUCAACUUUCCAGCCAGUCCUCUCCGACCCAGAGCACGGCAACAGUAUCUUAUCCCGAGAGGAAAUCAAUCGUGUGAUCCUCUGCAGCGGCCAGGUCUACGCCUCGCUCCACAAACACCGCGACGCAAAGGGCAUCAAGAACACAGCCAUCACGCGCAUCGAGGAGCUGCAUCCCUUCCCGUGGGCUGAGGUAAAGGAGAACCUCGACUCGUACCCGAACGCGCAGACGAUCGUGUGGUGUCAGGAGGAACCGUACAAUGGGGGUGCUUGGCAGUACAUGCGCGAUAGGCUGGAGACGGUGGCAUCGGAGUCGGAGAAUCACAAGUUCAGUCGGAUCGUGUACGCUGGGCGGGGAACUGGGGCGGCGGCAGCGACGGGGUCGAAAAAGGUGCAUCAGGCGGAGGAGGAGAGGUUGCUGGUGGAUGCUUUUGGUGAUGUUCAAAGUUAG